AGAGAAAAGGCGCGAAAAGGGUUCGAGUGCGUUGGACUGUGGCCGUGAAUCGAAGAAGAUGGAGAGAAUAGACGAAACGGAACCCGAAUUUCCGGCAUUUCCAUACAAGCCUUACUCGAUCCAGUUCGAUUUCAUGAAGGCGCUGUAUAAGUUUCUUAACAAAGGCGGAAUCUCCAUGCUUGAAAGCCCCACUGGUACGGGAAAAACUCUAAGCAUCAUAUGUGGCGCUUUGCAAUGGGUGGCUGACCAAAGGAAGAAACAGAAUGGUACGAUACAAGAUGGAUCUGACAAGACCAGCACAAAUGAAAGCCAGUUCAAUUCAGAUGACGAGCCUGAUUGGAUGAGGACAUUCGCUGUAAGUCAAGACCAUCAAAAUCAGGAAAAGAAGAUUAAGAAAAAGGAAUUUGGGGUGGGAUCAGGAAGACAUAAAAAAGAAGGUUCCAAGUAUAAUCAUCAGAACUUGUUUUCACAAGAGGAGGAAGACCAUUUUGUUACAAAGGAACAAAAACAUAUGCAGACUCCGAGUGAUAGCCUGGAGAUGGAGGAUCAAGAGUUUUUGCUGGAGGAUUAUGAAAGUGAUGAUGAAGUGGCUCUUAGUGGUGGGCAGUCAAAGAGGAAGAACAACGGGGUUUCAAUCAGUUCAUCUAGUGAUGACGAAGAGGAUCAAGAGGAAUCUAAUGAAGAGAAGUUGAAAGUUUACUUUUGUAGUCGAACACACUCACAGCUUUCACAAUUUAUAAAGGAGUUGAGGAAGACUGUCUUUGCAAGUGAGUUGAAUGUCAUUUGCCUGGGUUCUAGGAAGAUAUUUUGUAUUAAUGAAGAGGUGCUCAAACUUGGUAAUGCAAGUCACAUAAAUGAGCGAUGCUUGGAGCUUCAAAAGAGAAAGACUACUGAGACAUCCAAAGCCAAGAAAUUAGGUGGUGCAGGAAAAAUGUGCCGGACCAAGGCUUCUUCUGGGUGUCCAAUGCUUGGAAAACCAAAACUACAAAAGAAUUUUAGGAGUCAGAUCUCUCAAAGAGGAGCCUUAGACAUCGAAGAUCUUGUUCACCUUGGAAGAAAUGUGGGAACGUGUCCAUAUUAUGGCUCCCGAAGCAUGGUCCAGGCUGCUGAUCUUAUUGUCCUACCUUAUCAAUCUCUUCUAUCAAAAUCAUCCCGUGAAUCUCUCGGCCUUGCUUUGAAGAACAGUAUUGUAAUUAUUGAUGAGGCACACAAUUUAGCUGAUUCUCUCAUCAGUAUGUAUGAUUCGAAGAUCACUUAUUCACAGUUGGAGAAUGUGCAUCACCACAUGGAGAGGUAUUUUGAAAGAUUUUGGAGUCUUUUGGGACCAGGCAAUCGGAGAUAUAUUCAAACUCUAAUUCUAGUUACUCGGGCUCUCCUUAAACUCUUACACAAUGAGGAAGCGCCUUAUGCGGAACCUUGUAAAAAUAUUAGUACUGGAAAAAAUAGUACUUUGGACUAUUCAAUGGCUAUAAAUGAUUUUCUCUUCUCUCUCAAUAUAGACAAUAUCAACUUUGUAAAACUACUACAGUAUAUUAAGGAAAGCAACAUUAUGCACAAGGUUAGUGGGUAUGGAGAAAGAAUUAUUAAUCCAAGAAAUGACUUGGGAAUGAAAACUUCUGGAAAAUGUUACGAGAAGGAAAGUACUCUCUCAAGCUUUAGAGCAUUAGCUGACAUGCUGCUAUCCUUUAUUAACUUUGAUGGAGAUGGAAGAAUGGUAAUCUCAAAGAACAAACCUACAUGCUUUGGGGAGAAUGGAGGAUAUAUAAAAUUUGUCAUGCUUACAGGGGAGAAGAUAUUUUCUGAGGUUGUAGAUCAAACACACGCUGUUGUUCUUGCUGGGGGAACUUUACAACCUAUAGAAGAAACAAGAGAGCGACUCUUUCCAUGGUUACCAUCUUCUCAGUUGAAUUUUUUUUCAUGUAGUCACAUUGUUCCUCCAGAAAGUGUUUUGCCAAUGGCUGUUUCCUCCGGUCCUUCUGGUCAGCCUUUUGAUUUUAGCUACAGCAGCAGAAGUUCAUCUGCUAUUGUAAAGGAGCUAGGGCUUUUGCUUUGUAAUCUGGUGACUGUGGUUCCAGAAGGAAUUGUUGUGUUCUUCUCUUCUUUUGAUUAUGAAGAACAGGUACAUGGUUUAUGGAAAGCUUCAGGCAUCCUUGACAGGAUUAUGAAGAAAAAGCGUAUAUUCAGAGAGCCUAGAAACAAUACUGAUGUGGAAUCUGUUCUUAAGGAAUACAAGGAAAACAUCGAUGCAUUGUCUAAGAAGGAUCCACAACAAAAUAUUUCAUCUUCUAGUGGUGCGGUGCUAUUUGCUGUUGUUGGGGGAAAAAUAUCGGAAGGCAUCAACUUAAGUGAUGGGAUGGGGAGGUGUAUUGUCAUGGUUGGCCUGCCCUACCCUAGUCCAUCUGACAUUGAGUUAAUGGAGAGGGUGAAGCAUAUUGAAACUCUGGGAAAUUCAAAUUCCAUUAAGAGUUUGAAGUUUUAUAAUGAGGUUCCUAGUGGAGAUGUUGAAACUGGUUUAGAGAUUUUGAGAAGUUGCAAAAGAGGAAAAGAAUAUUACGAGAAUCUUUGCAUGAAAGCCGUGAAUCAGUCAAUUGGUAGAGCUAUUCGACAUAUCAAUGAUUAUGCAGCAAUUCUAUUGGUUGAUGUGCGCUACUCGUCUAAUUCUUCAAAGAGAAGCUUUUCGCACCCAGCUGACAAGCUUCCAAAGUGGAUUAAGGACUGUCUCAUUUCUUCAACUGAGAAUUAUGGUGAAGUCCAUCGAAGGUUGCACCAGUUUUUUAAACUUAACAGAAAGAUGGGACAGUGAAAAAUUGUUGAAUCUUCGCUUCGAAAAAGGCACGAAACGAUCCUUUCUUAACCAUUUACCGCGAGCAGUAAUUUUGAUUAGGCAGUUGGUCCCAGUUAGAAGGUCAAAUGCGCUGUAACUGAUAUUUGUGAUUGAAUUGUAGCAUCUGUGAAAUAAGCGGACUUAUACAUGUAUAUAUUGAUAUCUUUCUUUUAUGACAAACAUAGCACUUAGCCCCUUCAUAUAUUUCUCUUCCCCACAGAUUUAGUGGCGGUGGCUUUCUUCCAUCAGUUCUUAUAAGAGUUUUAAGAUGUUUCAACGAUAUGCAACAACUAAGAACCAAGAUGUUUAGCAUAUUGGAUCUCUACACACUAUUUUAAGAAGCCUUGCUGGGCAAGAUUGGGUAACUAUCUGCCUGAUUUGUUUUCUUUGACCAAAUAGAUUAUCAAGUCUUCAUCUGCAACACCUGGCAAAUAUUGAUGCCAUAUCGAGCAACAGUUUGGCUAUACAAAAGCUCCGUGAUUAUCGAUUCUUUUUCCAGGUAACCAGCCAUCAAAUUUUAUCCAAUCCUUGAUAUUUAUAUGAGCUGAUUGAUGGUUUCACUAUACAGAAAUACUGAGGUUCCCAACUCAAUAGAGGUCGUUUAAGUAGGGCCUGAGUGUGGUCAUAAGUAGUCAAAGUUGCUAAAUUCAAGUCAAAAAGUUUAUUUGUGAUAUCUCUAAGAAAGUUAUACAAUGACUUGCAUCGUCCGUUACUGCUGCAAGACAGUAGUUUACAGUCGGGUGAUAUUGGUUUAGGGGGAUGGAUUCAGUUGCUUUUACUCAGAAAAUGACUUGGGUGUGGAGAUAUUAGUGAUGCUCCUUAUCCUAUCAUCUGCUAAGAGCCUUGGGAGUACCGAUCUCUUUGCAUACUGGGGACCAAAAAAAGCCCCACAUCAUUAUGACCAGAAUUUUUCAACUCCAUUGAAUGAAAUUUAAUGUAGAAUGUGUUGAGUUGUUCAAAGUUACAACUCUUCGGCGUCCAUUGUUCUUACAACAAAGUUUUCCCCUAUCAAGCUCUUCUUUCGUUUGUGAUCCAUCAGGUCGAGUUUGGAAUCACAAACAUUAUAGAAUUUGGAAUCGUCUCCAAGGCAUGGCGGUGUGGAUUUGAACCUCUUGCCUAGCUGAACUAUUCACAGGACAGUUUGAAUUACCAAAAAUGAAUAUAUGUGAACUAUGCCCCUUUUGUUCCAUGGGGACAGCUCUCUUUAAUUUUUAGCUGGGACCAUUUGCCCAAUGGGUCCUUCAUGGGUCAGGGAUUGCCUUUACAACAAUACAAUUUAGGUAGUCAAAGACGAAGCAUCAAGCUCGUUGGAUUCGUACAUAUUAUCGAAGCUGAAGCGGUUAAGUUUUUCAACUUUUAGAGAGAGAAUGGCCCCAAAAGGAAGUAGAGGGAGUUAAAGGCAAGACUUGGAAUUUCCACCUGCUGUGGCUUUGUCUUUAGGUAACUACGAGAAACAUGAAUUGUCUCCAUCUUUCUUCUCUUUGUUGCAGAAAUAUUUAGUGAACAGAGGAAGAGAGAUAGAUAGAUAGAGAGGUGCCAUUUCCUCUUGCAAACAGAUUGAGAGGUAACAAAGCCCUUUAAUUGUUAUACCACAUUACAGCAACCAAAUGCUGCUAAAGGAAACCAUCCUCAAAACCAGCAACCUCUUCCAUAAAACUCUUGGAAACUUCAAGUGUUUAUUCUCCAAAGGGUUUCAAAAGCUGCAGAAACCCACUUCUUUGAUCACCUUCUCUUGCAGCAAAAGAAAGCCACAACAUACCCAUCCAACAAAUCGACUCUACAUUGAUUUUUAUGAUGAAUGGCAGUCCCCACUGCAAAAAUCAGCCAAGAAAAGCAUUGACGGUGGCAGUGUGAUGACGGCCAAGCAAAACAUGAAGCAAGAAGACACAAAUGUUGCAAAACAAAGUCCUCCAAGGAGUAGACAAGAGAAGGCUGUGAAAGAGAAGAAGCCAGGAAGUUGCCAUCUUAGAAAAGGUGAUGUUAAGAACAGCAGCAUGAGAAGUAAUGGACUAGCACAAAAAAUGAAGGAAUUAGAGAUGCUGGAUAGGGGUGAUAUGGAGCAAGAACUGGAUAUAGAAGAGGCAAUUCAUUAUUACUCUCGCCUCAGUAGUCCUGUUUAUCUUGAAAUUGUGGACAAGUUUUUCAUGGACAUACACUCUGAAUUCUCUGUUCCAGAGCCUUCUGCUAGGAGUAUGAACAGCUCAAAGAGAAGAAUGGGGUCCAUGAGAUUGUUAUAGAUUUUCAAGUAAGUGAACUA